GUUAUGUUCUGUGGCUGCUUUGCUUGAGCGACAUGAUUACAGGUGUCAACGUGGGUUCAGACACAUCAGAUGAACCUCAGCAAUGUGCAGUAUUUAUUAACAGUUCUGGUAUAAUUCACCAGUGUACAUUAAAUAUUAACAGUCCUAUUGUGGUGCUACUGGAUUCAACAAAAGGCACUCCACAGAGAAUUGUAAUCAUGUUCCACAGACCAGGAAAUGCCUCUUAUAAACUCAUAGGACAAUGCAAAAAAAACUGUCAUGGUAACAUCACAGCAGUUAAUCAAAAUCAUCGAUUUGAAGUCAUAAAUAACUCUACAGUAUUGAAUAACCUUGGAAUAAAUGACUCUGGACAAUAUAAGAUAUCUGUUUUGUAUCAAGGAAAGACGGAAACAUAUUACGAGGAACUUAAUGUCACGUUCAUUGAGCGUCCUACUGACACACCAGACCUCAACUUGAAUGGAAACAACUUGAAACAUAAGGAUACAGAGCGUCCUACUGACACACCAGACCUCAGCUCGAAUGGAAAAAACUUGAAACAUAAGGAUACAGGUACAAGAACUGAAGGAACACGUGCAGUGUGCAUUGGUGCAGCUCUUGUAGUCAUCCUGUGCAUCUGUUGUGUUUGGUACAAGAUAAAAAAAAGAGAGUAAUUGACAUGAAGCAGAGCUCCAGAGGAAGAAACCGCAAGAGAAUGGAACCGCAAUAGAGAAGGUGAGGGGGGCGUGGUCUGCAUGGCUAGCUGAGCAGACGUGGGAUAAAGAGCUCUGCGCCAUUUAUCCUGAAAGACCCUAGUGGCAUCUUUGGAAAAACUCUACAAUACCUACCAGGGUAAGCCCCACAUACAGCACACAUGAUGGGAGGCAACAGAACCCAGAAAGCACUGGAAAGGCUGGAGCAAUAUGCAAGAAAUGCUCCUCAAGAUGGCGGCACCUCCCCUCCUCGGGAGGAAGGAACCACAGCGCCAGCAACAGCGCUCCAGGACCAGUCAGUACAACUCCUGCUCAACGCAAUUACUGACUGUAGAGCGGCCUUGUCUUCCAAAAUAGAGGAGGUGAAGACGGACCUGUCUCUACUAAGAGCUGAUCUCCAAACACUAAGGGAAAGGACAACGGAAGCCGAGCAACGGAUAUCCAGGCUGGAGGACAUAUGUAAUCGCCUGACACAGCAAGUACAGGAGCUAAGGGCCCAAAACACCAGCCUAAGUUCCAAGCUAGAUCCAAGACAGGAUCCACUUAUUCCCCGAUUAUUCUGCGGAGCAUCAGAAAGUUAUCGGAGUCAAGCGCAGGCUGCGUGAAGCAAAUCUAACAUACCCAAUGUUAUACCCGGCCAAAUUGCGGGUGCAAGCUGACGGCAAAGCGCAAUUCUUUACCACGCCACAAGCGGCAUCGGAGUGGCAACUUGCAGGUGGAGGACCGCCACUAGAGAGCCAUAAGUACAAUGCAUUGCCCAACACAGGAUAAAGCCCCCAAAGGCCCGAGAGACACAUUAGGCCUGAGCCUCCCCUCAAGUUAGAUGAUGCGCACUGAACUCUGUACCCUGGCCUCCUACUGCUAACGCCUAAGAAUAGGCCAGGACUUUAGGGAUUGGGACACUGCACUGGCAAGAGCUAGGGAGGAAGAGUAUAAAGAGACAGCCCGGUACCCUCCCUCAACUUACCCUAUUUAUCCUUCUUCCCCCUCCAUAUUCCGAGGGCCAUGGAUAUACAAGGCCGCUAGUUGGUCUAACAUUUGCAGGGCGGGCCGAACUAAUGGAGAUCUGGAAUAUAUCAGGUUGCCAAAGGGGGAAAAUGAGAGGGCAGAUGGCGGUACAAUGGCCUCCGAGGGUAAUGGCCAAGUACAUAAAAUCCUAAGAGACACCCGGUGCCCCACGACCCACAAUUGCUUUAAGACUAUUACUGACCCCAGUAACCCAAGAAGAGGGCCUCCGAAGGCUCGCACAAUACAAGUUUGUGAUGUUGUUAACAAUGUUUAUAUAUUAAUGUUUGUUUCAAUUGUUGUUUGGGAUGAUGCUCAGGAUGACCUGAUUAAUACUGUGAUAAGGUAAAACAAGAGGAACUUUCAACUCCCAAGUGAGUGGAUGUACCAUUAAGAUCCCUGCACACAGGUUUUUACCUCCCCUAAGACAGGCAGCCCACAAGUACAGUGCCACAAGGGCUGACCUGCUAACCCAAAGAUGACCAAUCAAUAUAGCAGAGCCAGAGCCAACUGACCACUCCCUGUAACCAAGUUAGGUGAACAAGUUAUGGUAUCAGAGACCUGUCAAGUUUUCCGGCAGGUAGGGAACUUCAACGGGAAUGUAAGUAGUUUUCACUCAAGUUACCCCCCAACCCCAUCUCCAACCCCAUACACGGACUCCUUUUGAUACACUCUCAUUCAGUGUAAUUGAUUCCACUAAAGGUUUAAGCGAGCCCUGGUAUUUGAUUACGUAAGGAAACACUCGCCCCAUAUUUUAGUGAUGCAAGAGACGCACUUGGUAGGACAGAGGCUGAUGGUCCUAAAAAGGCCCUGGGUAGCGCACAUGUAUAACUCCACCUUCUCUACACAUGCUAGGGGCAACUCAAUUCUAAUCAGAAAGAAUCUGCCAGCUGAGCUGAUUACUCUAACAACGGACCAGUAUGGUAGAUUUAUUGUACUGUCCCUACUUAUAGCAAACAAGCUUAUUAACCUAAUUAGCUUAUAUGCCCCCCCACCAUUGACAGCAUCACUGCUAGACCUAUUGAUUAAUACCCUGGCCAGACACCCAAUAGCGCCCACAUGCAUAAUGGGGGAUUUUAAUGCAAUAAUGGAUGCGGAUAAGGACAGACUCAACAUCACCUCACCACAUUAUAGCAAACUGUCACAAUGGGCAGAGGCCAUGCAACUAACUGACAUAUGGCUUUGGAAAAACCCAGACGAAAGAGUGUUUUCAUGCUACUCUGCUACACACAACACCAUGUCCAGAAUAGACCUGGCCCUAGUCACAAGUGACUUAUUACAACAUGUGCAAUAUUUACCCCGAGAUGUCUCUGACCACGCUCCCUUACUUAUCACCUUAGGACUAUUCUCACCCAGGGAAGCCAAACCUUGGAGAUUAAGUCCACUAUGGCUAGCUAAUGACACAGUGGCAGAGGUAUCAGGUAAGGCUGUUACAGAAUAUUAGGCCCUAAACACAGCAACUGCAGCCCCUCCCGUGGUGCGGGAUGCUUUUAAGGCCAAAAUGAGAGGUACCCUUAUCAGUGCCAUAGCGGGAGCUAGAGCCAAAGCUGCUGAAGAAAUCCAGGAAACACAAAAUAACUCCUCCAGGGCAAAGACCCAGUAUAUAGCUGACCCCUCAGCCCCCAACCUGUAGGUAUAUAAAGCAGCACAGGCUGAACUAGAAAGGGCUAGAAUUAAAGCAACUAGGAAGAAACUAUUAUACGCCACACAGCGCACCUUUGACAAAGGGGGAAAAAAAUGGGAAAUUACUGGCCUAUCUGGCAAGAACGCACUCUGCAUCUAAUGCAGUACCCAGGAUCUGGAUGGAUACAGGGAACAUAGUCACAGAUCCUAAUUGCAUUGCUGAAGUGUUCUCCACUAUCAGAACAUAUAUACCACGCAGACCAAUAACGACCAUUCCCAACUAUGUAGGUACCUAGACAGUAUACCCAUUCCUAGACUCUCAAAUGAUCUGAGAGAGGUAAUGAAUGCCCCAAUAACAGAGAGUGAGAUCUCACUGGCCAUCAACUCUACGCCAGCAAACAAGGCCCCGGGACCUGAUGGCUACCCGGCCGAGUGGUACAAACUCAAUGCAGAUGAACUAAUUCCACACAUGCACAGAACCAUUAGCAAUGCGAUGGACCAGGGUUCCCUCCCGCACACCUACCGUGAAGCCACAAUAGUAGUCAAACACAAAGAAGGUAAAGACCCACUGCUGCCCGGAUCAUACAGGCCGAUAUCCCUACUGAACGUGGACACUAAAAUCAUGGCCAAAAUACUGGCUAAUAGACUUAUAACUGAAAUAAUACACCGGACCAAUCUGGAUUUAUGCCAGAGAGAUCGACAGAUGUAAAUAUAAGAAGACUUUACACCAAUAUACUAGCAACACAUAGGGAGGUAGGCUCUAGAGCGGUAGUCUCUUUGGAUGCGGCUAAGGCCUUCGACUCGGUCGAAUGGUCGUAUUUGUGGGAGGUAAUGAAAAGGUUUGGCCUGGGUGACCAGUUUAUCAAAUGGGUGAGACUCCUGUAUCAAAACCCCCAAGCCCGAAUAAGUGUUAAUAAUGUACUGUCAAACACCUUUUAGUUAAGCCGUGGCACUCGCCAGGGAUGCCCCCUCUCACCAUUAUUGUUCGCAUUGGCGAUAGAACCAAUGGCUAUUCUAAUACGCACAGCUCACAAUAUAGAAGGUCUACAUCUGGGUAGGGUGGAGGAGCGUAUCUCCCUAUUUGCUGAUGAUGUGUUAUUGUACUUAAGUGACCCUGGACCUUCGCUACAAUCAACGUUAGCAAUUAUAGAUGAAUUUGGAGAAUACUCGGGUUUACGCAUAAACUGGGAGAAAUCCAGUAUCUUUCCAGUAGAUGAAGGCAUAGACCCCAAUAGCUACCCCCCUAAAUUGGGUAACCUCCUUCAAGUAUCUGGGUGUUACGAUUACAAGAGAUAGCACUAAAUACACAGAGUUAAACCUUACCCCGGUCACAGAAAGUAUGGUAAUCAAACUCAAGCAAUGGGGGAAUUUACCCCUAACAAUAGGGGGUAGGAUCAACUUGAUAAAAAUGAUCUAUCUGCCAAAAUUUUGUAUAUCCUCCACAAUUUCCCUAUGUACAUCCCAAAAACUGUAUUCCAACAUAUUGAACAAGUGCAGUCCUCGUUCAUAUGGGGAAACAAAUCUCUGAGAUUUGCCAAAUCCAAACUAAAGGCCCCAAUUAAUGAAGGUGGGCUGGGCUUCCCAGACCUACAAUACUACUUUUUAGCCUCUCAAUUAAACUUCCAAUUACAAGCUACUUUGGCAGGCUCAGCAGAAACCCUAAAAUAUAUACUUUAUAGGAAAAUAGCAGACCUGAAAGUGAGACACCCGAUUCUCACCACCCCACACAAGGUUUGGAUGGUGGUUCUGCCGAUCACUCGCCUGAAAAACCCGUUACUCACAAUUGAUCUACCUAUUUGAGGCAACUUAAAAACAACUCCUAACAUAUAUGAGUUGGCCAAGAGCCGGGGUCAGGACUUUGGGUGAAGCAGCACCAGAAGGGCAGCUGCUCACCAGAGAACAAUUAUUACAGGCUCACCCCUGAGUUUAAAUAAACCAAGUAGUGUACCAACAAUUUAGGCAUGCCUUUAUAGCACAAUUUACAUCACCCAGAGUGGUUCUGGUUACACCCCUCUUCUUAGAGGCCCUUAAGUCGCCAAACCAAAAGAAAAGGAUUGCUAAUCUAUAUGGGACAUUAAUCUCUACGAUUCCCUCACCAUUCAUCAAAGCAUAUGAGGCUUGGCAUGUAGAUAUCCCCACUUUAACAGCAGAAGAAUGGGAGGAGUGUAAAGACAAAGCGUACCAGUAUCUUAUUGCUACUAGAGACAGACUUACCCAAUUUAAGAUAUUACAUCGAAUUCACAUCACACCACUACGCCUAAGCCAAAUGGGAGAGCUAAAUAAAGCAUAUUACCCAAAGUGUCGACUGCACAAGGCUGGUGCCCUCAAAUCAGCAAAUAUUGGGAUAGAGUUAUGUCCCACAUCCAGGAUAAAACUACCUUCCCCAAGAUAAUGUCUCCACAAGUCUGCGUACUGGGGGUGAUAGAUGAGAUUGUCCCGCUAAAUGCAAAAAGAGACCUGUGGCGAUCCCUACUGUUUUAUGCAAGAAAAGCAAUACUUAUGAAAUGGAUGGACCCAAAGCCACCUUCCCUUCGGUUUUGUCUAAACUUCAUAAACAAAAAUCUCCCACUCAUACAAUUGACGUACCUAGCUAGAGGGUGCCCGAACAAAUAUGGGAAGAUCUGGGAUGAGUGGAUGGUGGCCAACUCAUAGCAAACAUCAAGGUGUACUAGGGCAUCACUAGAUAUAUCCAACCUCAUCUCUAAUGUACUGGUGUGAACUGCAAUUUGACUGAAAGAAAAGUUGAAUGAUGUGACAUUUAUUGAGAUCUGAUUGUACCUGAACCCCCCCUUUCUCUUCUGUACCCCCCCCUUUAUUUUUUGAAAAUUGAAAAAUACUUAAAAAAAAUAGAGAAGGUGAGGAAAAAUGCGAGAGAGGCAUUUUCAUACAUUAGCAGGUCAUCUGCUUUUACAUUAUAGCUGCUUAAUUAACACUAAGUACAUCCACAAAACUUCCUUUCCACAUAAUCAAUUCUGUGAAAAUAUUCCAAUUACUAAACUAAAAUAAGAAGUAAGAAUUGUUUGUAAGAAUUAGUGUUUGGGAGGGCUGCAUUGCUGGUGCCCAGAGCACAAGUACAACUUGGGAAAUUACAUUUAGGUAUUAAAGUUACUACAAAUUGCAAUUGAAGAUAAACCAGCAUGGAGAUGAAAAAAAAGGGAAAUAAGGGGGAAAAAAGAAAAAGGAAAAAUGUAAUGUAGUACUUUUGAUUUACUGAUGUGUGAUCAUUUAUUUCAGUGAUUUGUACCAUCAAGCUAUGUAGUCUGUGCAGAAAGUAAAAGUGUAACAACUACUUUAGUUGUCAUAAAAUAAA